AUGUCUCAAAGGAUAGGUAACUCUGUUGUCGCCUUAACUAGAGUGUGGCAUCAUGUUGACAUAGCAGCGGACAGCAGAACAUUGGGACGAGUGGCUGCGAGCAUAGCACUCACUCUUCAAGGGAAGCAUAAACCAACGUAUUCGCCAAAUAGAGACCACGGUGAUUAUGUGGUCGUUACAAACUGCAGUCAUUUGAAGGUAACUGGUAAUAAGAUGCAAGAUAAGACAUAUUGGUCUCAUAAUACUCGUCCUGGAUCUUUAAAAUUGAUACCAAUGGAGAGAAUGAUCGCAAAUAAAGGUUAUGGUGAAGUGCUCGCUAGAGCUGUGAAAGGUAUGAUACCUAAAAACAAACUUAGAUUGGCUAGAAUGGAUAGGUUGAAGGUUUUUGAUGGUGAUGAGCAUCCGUACAAAGAAAAUUUGAUAGCAUUUGCCGAUGAGACUAAAGAUAUGACGGAGAAAUUGGAACAGUUGAACAAAAGAGAGUCUGAAAUGGCACAACUUCGUGAGAAAUACUUGAAGAAUUAG